CUCCGUUCCUCGGCAGACGCGCGCGGGGUGACUUCCAGCGGAUCCGGGGAGGGUUCACGGCGAGCCGGGAUACGGAGCGGCGGCGGCAAAGCGAUGACCACGCUCCGGGCUUUCACCUGCGACGACCUGUUCCGCUUCAACAACAUUAACUUGGAUCCACUUACAGAAACUUAUGGGAUUCCCUUUUAUCUGCAGUACCUUGCCCAUUGGCCCGAGUACUUCAUCGUGGCAGAGGCACCAGGCGGGGAGCUGAUGGGCUACAUUAUGGGGAAGGCAGAAGGCUCCGUGGCUAGGGAGGAGUGGCAUGGGCACGUCACCGCUCUGUCUGUCGCCCCCGAAUUCCGACGCCUUGGUUUGGCUGCUAAACUCAUGGAACUACUAGAGGAGAUUUCGGAAAGAAAGGGUGGAUUUUUUGUGGAUCUCUUUGUGAGAGUAUCCAACCAGGUUGCAGUCAACAUGUACAAGCAGCUGGGCUACAGUGUGUACAGGACGGUCAUUGAGUACUACUCUGCCAGCAACGGGGAGCCCGACGAGGACGCUUAUGAUAUGAGGAAAGCACUUUCCAGGGACACAGAGAAGAAAUCCAUCAUUCCAUUACCGCACCCCGUGAGACCUGAAGAUAUUGAAUAACCCUGGGCAGUGGUUCUCAGGCAGACACUCCAGAUGUGUCAUGGACAAUAGUGUUUUCAUUGGAUAGUCUUGGAGCUCUAUUAGGAGAGAAGUAAUCAUGUAGGUCUUAAAGACUUCAAGAAAAUACAGGUUACCCACAUACUUAAGUCUCAUUGUUCCCAGUUAGCAAUAUCAUACCUGUUAAAGCUAUGCACAGUCAUGAGAUUCAUUUGAAAGAUGGCCGAGCCAGAAAGAAACAUGCCGCUGUCAUGGUUCAUAGCAUUCAUUGCGUGCUAGGGAAAAAACUUGCUCCAGUAUCCUCCUCAGUUCUGUGCCAGAGAACCACUGCUGCUUUAAGCAUAUAUAAAGCUUUAAAAGCAUAUAUGAAAUGUACAAAUCUAAGAUGUAUAAUAAAAUACAUUGUUGGCUGAA